CAGUGGCAGUGUCGGCGGCAUCCUUAGGGGCUCUGUCCAGGGCUAGCAAGACUGACUGACUGACAUACAGAGAGUCGAAAUGGAGGGGGCUUCUUUCGGAGCCGGCCGGGCUGGAGCCGCCCUGGACCCCAUAAGCUUCAUCAAACGUCCCCAGACCAUCUUGCGGAUCACGGCCUGGGUAUUCUCCAUUGUGGUGUUUGGUUCCAUCGUGAAUGAGGGCUAUGUGAAUAGUGAGAGCACCCCAGAGCUGCACUGCAUCUACAACAAGAAUGAAGGUGCUUGUAACUAUGGUAUUGCCAUCGGCAUCAUUGCCUUCUUUGCCUGCAUCUUCUUCCUCGUCCUUGACCUCAACUUCCAGGAGAUCAGCAGCGUCAAGGACCGGCGGCGGGCAGUGCUCCUGGACCUGGCCUUCUCAGGGCUCUGGUCCUUCCUGUGGUUUGUAUGUUUCUGUUUCCUGGCAAACCAAUGGCAGCAGACCAAGAAGAGUGAGGAAAUAAACCAGGGGGCAGAUGCAGCCCGGGCAGGCAUUGCUUUCUCUUUCUUUUCUAUCAUCACCUGGGUGGCCCUCAUGGUGAAGGCACUGCAGAGAUACCGUCUGGGUACUGAUAUGUCACUCUUUGCCACGGACCAGCUUAGUGCAGCCCCUGGCACCAGCUACCCUGGAUACCCAGCAGGCAGUGGCGUCGAGGGCACUGAGACCUACCAGAGCCCCCCCUUCACCGAGACGCUAGACACCAGCCCCAAGGGCUACCAGGUGCCAGCCUAUUAGUAGAGCUGUCCACCCUGUGCCAGGGCCACGGGGUACUGUGAGCAUGUUUGGGCUACAGCUAUGGCCUGUCCCUGUGGGCCAGUCUUGUGGACUCUGUACAGUGGUCUCGGUUCUCGUCUCACCUCUAAGGGUUAAGCAAACAAAAUAAUCACACAGUGUUCCCUCUAAGUCUGAAAAGGAAGGAAGGAAAGAAGGGAGUUGGGGAAGGAA